AUUUCUGUGUGCACUUUUGUUGACAUGAAGAUAGGAGCUGAUCUCUUUAUUAUUUGAAUAUUUUUUCUAUCCAAUAAAUUAAUAUUAAUUAGUACUUAAUGUAUUACUAACUGAAAAUAGAGGCAAUAAAAUUUCUAUUUUUCUACAAUUAUGGAAUAAUGCUUCUUAAGGCUAUUACAUAUUUUACUCUUUAUUAUAUCUCAGGCACCUUUGCUAAUGAAAUACAAGAACCUGAGGAAGUAUUUGGAGAUGAAGGAAGUAAUUUGUCAUUACCAUGUCAAGGGGAAAAGACAGUUACUGGACCCGUAACAUGGAGACAUCAGGGAAGAGUUGACGAGAGGGGUAACCAUGAAAGUGUGUUGCCUGAUAACUCCCUAUCUUUGAUAGACUUAAGCAAAGAAGAUGCAGGCAUCUAUACUUGCUAUUUACCAGAUGAUACGAUCAUAAAUAGAAUUAUGGUCAAUGUAAGAACUCCUCCUCCAGCUCUUGUAAAUGUGACAAUAGUUCCUUCAACGAUUUUAGCUAAUCUUUAUUGGGAGGUGGAAGACAGUGGUGGCUACCCAAUUACUCAUUUCACUGCUCAGUAUCGAUUGAAGCAUACACCUCCCGGACAUUUGCCAGACCCUUGGCACAGGGCUAUGCCACCCAAAAUCAAGCCUACGGCAACACAGAUCGACAUUUACCAGUUGGAACCUAACUCGACAUAUGUUUUCCAAAUUUGGGCUAACAACAAACUCGGCUGUGGGAAAAUUGUUGAGUUAGAAGCGACGACCAAACAUGAUAAUCAAGAAAUAGAGCUUGCAAAGCAUUUCUUGGAAGGUGCGGAAACAUUUGACACAAGAGUGUGGGUAGCAGCGGUUGCAGUCGUCAUGGGGACCCUCAUAGUUUUGGCCUCGGCCACAAUCUAUAUUCUUUACAAAGAGUCACAUCUUGCCAUUGUUACUGAGAAAGAGGUCGAAGCCUUGGAACUAAUACCUAAUAUUAUCCUCAAUCCUGGUUAUCAUGACUACGGCUAUCAUGAUUAUAUGAAUGGAGAUCCUGAUGAGAAUUCUAAUGACACUGCACCAUUGAGACUAAACAAUAAUACCGUUGUUAGGCCUAUUAGGAUAUAGAUUCUAAAGGUAAUGAGGCGGUAAAAUAUUGAGGAUCUUAUAAGGUAUUCUUUUAUUUUACUUUCCUGUCGUAUUAACCGAUUUCUUGCCCAAGAUUCCAAAAAAAAAAAAAAAUUGUCAACUUAGUUCAAGUCCUUGUUUUAUAGUUACUAUUACUUUUACUUUGUUAUCGAUUGAUAUUUUUUAUGUACAAAAGCUGUUAUCUGCUAAUUCUUUUAUUUUAUAAAUAUUGUAUUUUCCUCGUUAUGCUGACUAUUAUUUUUUUAAACUAUAAUGCAUUUUAAUUAACAAGGCAAUGUUUGAAUAUAGAAUUUGUGAUGUCUAUUAUUUAUGGGAUAGAGAGCUGUCCGAAUAAAUCAAACAUUUUACUACUUGAUACUCAAAUGUAUAAUAUUUUAUUGAAAGUAUCGUUAUUAUUAUUAGUUUUAAGUUUGAAUUAUGUUUAAAAGUUAUUAUACUUUUGAUUUUUUUCUCAUUUUUAAAUAUUGGUUUUUAUUUUAAAUUAUUCUUUUUGUAGUCUCAUUGUUGAUUUUCGUUAUGUGAUACUGUUUGGUUUUUGUUUUUUCUAGACCAUUAGACAUUUUAUAUUUUUUAUACUUUUUUGUAUAUUAUUUUUUUAUUACUAAGGUUAAGUUUUAAUCAAAUUUUAAUUUAUGUUCAUAUUUUUUAAAUAAUCUUGUUUUUUUUUUAUUUGUUGUACAUAUAUAAAAAGGUAUGUUUAGAAGAAGCUUGUGUGUAGUGCUUCUAAAUAAAAUAAUAUAAACGCAACUGUGUUAAUAAUGUAAUAGAGCUUCUAAUGGUUUCGCUCAAUGUACAGCUCAUGUCAGUCGGGAUAAUUCGAUCUUUUCGUAUACUAUGCAGGUUUUUUUAAUCCGUGCUUACCUUUCAGUCGGAAUUUCAUUUACGAUUCUCCAUUACGUGUUUUUUUUAAAUAAACUUUGACGGGGAAGUAUCCUUUCCAUAAUAAAAUGCCUUCAGAAGGUUGUGUUGUUAAUAAAAUAAUAGUAAUACUAGUCAUUGAUGUGGUUGUCUUUCAUUAGAAUCCUAGGAUUUUUUAAUUUUUUUUUAUUAAAUUUUGUUCUUUUUUUUGUCGAUUAUCAAAUUGAUAAAAACUUUUUUAAUCUGUGCAUUUUAAUUUUUUAAUAGCCAUAUCACUGUGUGUUAUCGUUAAUAAGUAGUAGGAUAGAAAAUGUGUUUUGAUAAAAAAAUAUGUAAUAAAAUAAAAAUUUGGUAGGACUUGUAUCUAGUACGAUUAAGGUGAUUCUUUUUUAUAGUGUGCGCUCAAAUGCUGUAUAGUACCCUGUUAGUGUGCAUAUUUUUGUGCUGAUUUAUUUUCAUACUGUACUAACAGAAGUGGAAGAAUAGUGAUAUAGUCGAAUAGCAAUAUUGAAUUUGAAAAAUAAAUGAGGGGGGUGAAAGCACAGUGUCUGAUAACUGUCAAUAGUGGCCUUGGUGGGGGAAAGUUCAAAUUAGAAGCGAGUAAAAGGAUAGGUUUUAUUUUCUAAGGGGAUUUGUAAACGGUUCGUGACAUUCAUGCUAUCUUGGAGGUAAUGAUUUUUUUGCUCUCGCCUAUUAAUUUUAGUCAUGUGGAAUUUUAUCGUACCAUGACAUAAAUUUUAACCAAUAAAAUUGUGCUAUUACCACAUAGCAAAAAAGAAAUUAAUUUCAUUGGAAAUAUAAAUAUUAUUGUAAUAUAUAUAUGUGAUAUUUAUUUCUAACAGAUUGUUAGAAAAGAAAAGAAAAAAAAAUAGCAGCUCAUUACUUUCUCGGUCCGUUUUCUUAACGGACAAAAAACAGCCUGAUAUGAAAGUAUUUUAAUAUGUAAUUUCCUUUUCGAUUAUUGCUGUUGCAAUGGCUAAUAUUAGAAGCAAUAAUUUUAUUUUCUUACUAUCUUAAAUGCACAAAUAUAAGUCAUAGAACAAUAAAGUUGUUUGAAUAUUUAGACUGCGUGUUGGCAGGGUUGUUCAUUUGGUAUUUCUAGUUUUGUAUAUAGGAAUGUAGGCGUGUAAGUAGGUGUAUGUAUUGAUGAAAAAAUCUUUCAGAACUCUUUUAAUUAUGGCAAAUAACAGUACUUAAAUUAUUAUUGAACUUCAGUUAACACUAUUUUGAUGUUCUUCUAUGAACACACAUUAUUACAUAAUAUUGUUAAUCUUAAAUUUUUGUUUUAAUCAUUGUUGUAAUUAUUACCUUGAAGAAUUGUGAGAAACUUUAUGCAGUUAUUGUGGAUGCGAGAGAUUUAGCAGAAGGAGGAUCUUACUUUGUGGCAGUGCUCAGGGUUGCCAAUUCAAUUGUGUAUUUUCCCCCCGAAAUUGUCUAAAUUUUCCCUUAAAUUCAAUUUGACUCCAAAAUGUAGCCCUGAUGAUGACCCACAUGUUUGGGUCAAAACGUCGGCUAACCUAAUAAAAUUUCUUGACUGUAAAUCCUGACAAUUUUUUGUUUCGGUCUUAUGGCAUUUUAAGGUAAUUUAAUUCAAUUAUAUUUUAUAUUAAUUAAAUUAGUUAUACUUGUUGAAACUAUCUUAAAAAAGAUAUGAAAAUUUAGUAAUAAUUGAAAAGGGUAUUCAAAAUUUUCACCAUUCACAAGGUCAAAUUGUGGGAUAGAAGGUCAAAAGCACUUUUUAUCUGUUAUUACAACUUAUUGAUGUCCCAUCCAAUCUAUUCAUAAAAAAAAAAAAAAAAUUUUUAAUGAUAAAAAAAAAUCUAAAAUAACCUCUAAAAAACCUUUGCAUCCUAAAUCUACAGAGAAAAUCCAACCUGGCAACCCUAGAAGUGCUAUUUCUUUUAGAUUGGUCAACUUAAGUUUUAUUUUCUUCAUUCAAUUAGUUUUUUCGAAUUUAAAUUUUUUUUUUAGUUUCUGGUAUAGUGGAAGAAAAAAAAGGGGAUCUCCAUGCAACCUACAUUUUUUCAACCUCUUUGCCAAACAAAUAAAAUUAUAAUAAUUAUGAUGUUCUCCCUACCACCCAGCUUUCUCUUAUUUAUAAUUUCAUCCGGUACAUCUUUUCAACAUCAUAAUUUUGUUUUGUAAUCAAUAGCUGGAAGAUGUCAAAACUUAUAUUUUGAGCUUGAGCCUGCCUGUAAUACAUAUACAAAGAAAACAAUUAAAAUACUUGUCCAAUUUUUAAGAUUCCUCUAUCUCUCUGUUCUAUGGAGUAUACCCGGAAAGUUCAUAUAAUUUUAUUUUAAUCUGGGGAUUUAGAUGAUUGUUUUUAUUUAAAAUAUUUCUGAUUUUUAAACUUAACUUUUCAUGUUCGUUUUUUUUCUUUUAUACCAUCAAUAGUUUAUCAAAAUUUUGCAUGAUAUACUUAAGAAAUAAAUACCCUUCAUUAUGAUUUUGCCAUAAUGGUUUCCAGAAGUAAGCUUAAAUUAUAUUCUUAAUUAUUUCAAAGUAUUUUUCUCACAUGGGGUUGAGAACUGUUUUUUAAAUGAAUUAUUGUAAGUACAAUGAGCUGCUACAGAUUGAUUCAUACGAAUUUGUUAGUUUUACCUACUUCCUAUCUUCCUUUACCGUAUCCAUUUGCUCAAUAUUAAAUACCAAAAUUUAAUGAAUAAAUAAUAAUAAUAAUAAUAACUAAAAGCAUUUAUAGGAAAGGAUUUGAAUUUUACAGUGUCUUUAUUUAUACAAUUUUCUCGAACAUUUGGCAUUUAUAAAUGGUACUGUCACAGUUGCAUUGUGUCGACUGAAUGUUUAUUUAAAACCUGGGCCUAAAUUCGCUUCCUAAUAGAAAAAGAGAUAAAAGAAAUUUUUAAUGAAUUGCUUAUUUUGCAAUUAUACAGCGUUGUGAAGUUAAACCGAAGACUGAUAAACUGCUAUUCAUAAAUAACAAUAUGGCCUUAUCUUUAAUUGAUAAAGGUGUACGGAAUAAAUACAGCUUGUGUGUAAAAUUUUAUCGGGGGAAUCAUGAGUUGGUAAUAUUUGUAAUAAUUUCUUAGUUUAUAUUUGUAUAUAAGUAUAUAAUUGAUAUAUAUAUGAAUAUAUGUAUAUGCAUAAAUAUAUUUAAAAAUAAUGUAAAAUAUUUUUGAAUUGUAUUGAUUUUAACUAACCUAAGCAUAUCUAAUAAAAAAAUAUGAUUUAAUUAUUAAUUGCUAAUUGAAAUAUUUGCAUUUUAUAAUAUACACUAUUUGCAUUCAUAUUUUUUUAUUGAAAAUUUCUAUUUAUUUCAUUGGUGCUGUAAUUUUUUUAAUUGCUUACGAUGUUCCUGUGUUAUGACUGAAAGGGGCAGUUACAUUUUUUGUAACCUUAUUUUGAAAACAUAUUUUUGUUUUUACUAUAUGUUGUAAAAAUUAAUUCUCUUCUUCAUAUGUUUUUAUUUUAAAUAAAUAUAUCAUAACACAACAUGCUGGGGUUUUUAUCCCGUCUUCUGGAUCUCACUUUUUUUAUACAGUGAAAUUUCUCUAGAACAGACAGCCAUGAUGGAUUUGUCUGUUGCAAAGGUGUAUCCUAUUCAUAAUUUUUGUUCCAUUUUUUGGCAUAUUUUUAGACGUUAUUUGUAUUAAUUUGGGGCGUGUUAUGAAAUUUCAAUUGUCAAAAUAUAACUUACGCCACUAAAUGGAUCCUAGUUUAAAAAUUAAUUUUAAGGUCUGCCCCUUCAGUCUUUUAUUACUUACUGUUUGUUCAAUAAAAAAUUAUAUUUUUUAUUUUGACUAUGUUAUCAUAAAUAUUUUUCUACAGUGUGUAUUAAAUUAAGAUUAUACAUUUUCUUUCUCCGUUUUAUCCAUUCGGUUGUGAUCGCAUUCUUCAUAUAUUCUUCAAAGAUACCAGAAGUGCCCAAGAACAAAAACUUAUGAUAUUGCAAUUAUUAGUUUGAUAUGUAAUUAGCCGAUCGAGCUUUACCUGGUAAGUCAGUGUUUAAAAAUUAAAAAAAAAAAAUGUCGCGUAGUGUUGCAGAUAGUCAUUAAAAAAUAUUGUUGAAGGCUGUUAAAAUGCUUCGUAUUGCUACCACAUUCUUUUUAUUUUGGCAGUUUUUUAUUAUUUGUCCGAACAUUCUGAGAAAAAUCUGAUGAUUCUGUUUUGCUACUGUGCAAAGCAAUAAUUUUAGUAUUUAGAACAUAAAUUACUUCGGAAAAUAUAAACUCCAGAAAAAGUGUGUGACAUUGCAUUGCAUUAUAUUAUAUCAACUUGAAUGUCUUGUAGUAUUAUUAACAAGACACCAUAAUUCUUAUUCUAAUUAUAAAUUGAAGAAGUAAUUAAAUUUUAAUCCCGAGUGAGGGAGGACAUAGUACAAGUAAAUUUAUUGUUAAAUAUAAUCUUUCAUUUGUAAUUUUUUUAAUAACAAUUGUUAUUCAUCAAGAAAUCAUCCGCUGUGUCAGAAUUGACAUCAGCUGAUCUGAUAGUCUAUUUCAAAAUCUAUGUAAAACAGACAUAUCAAUUGAUGAACUAUUGGAAAUUCUUUAGUAAAUGUGAUAAAAUUGAAAUAAGUCAUUCUUUUUUAUGUUAAUUUUUAAAAAAAAUAUUUUUAUUGUGAUUUAUAAUAUCAUAUUUUACGAGUACCUGCGUCAGUUAAUUUAAUCUAAUUUUAGGCAGAAAUAUUUAUUAAUUAGGUAGUUCUAAAUUGCUGUCGAUAAUCCUAAAUGUUUUAGAACUUGUAAUGUUAUGUUUAUUAAUCUAUCAGCAUCAAAUCAAAUGUUUUCACUACCUCAUACAAUACAAUAAUCAACAUAUUUUAUCGUUGUACCUGUUAAAAUCAAAGUACAAUUUGGAGCAAUACAUUAAUAAAUGAAUACUAAUUCUGCAAAAAUAUUACUAUCAUUACAAAAAACGUGGAAGUUCCGAAUUUGAACAUAAUACUGUUGAAAUCAAAUUUGUGUAAGUUUAAGAUUUACUUUACUAGGAGCUUUUUGGAAUUCCUGUUCGAAGGACAAAGCCUUAGGUACUUUAAUCAUCUGAUAUAAUUCAUUCUUUUAUUUUUGUGUUAUUAAUCUUCUAUGCUCCUCUUUCCUGAGAGUUUGAGUUCUGUUGCGACAGAUGAUUAUUUAUUAUGUUAUAAUAGCUGUGGAUUGACAAUGAGACCCUGAUGCACAGAUAAUGAGUAUGAUCGUGGUCAAAUCACCUCCUUAAACAGUUAUUUUUUCUUUUUCUACUAUAAUCAAAAUAGAACUAAAUUUGUGUUUAACAAUUUUUUUUGUUUUAAUGUUUAAAUGCACUCAAAAGUAGAAAAACUUAAGAAGCCAUUAAGUACAAAUGUGGUUUCGGGAUAUGAAGCUUGUACUAAUCAUAAGAUUUUGGUUAUGGAAUUUUCUUUUGUUUAAGGUUGUGCCUAUAAUUCUUUUUAGCAUUUUAUUUGUUUUUUUUAAAAUAACAAAUAUAUAUUUUUUUUAAAUCGCAGCAAGCUAGAACUUCCUGAUUUUGAGAUUAAAACAGUAGUUGAUUAUUCUUUUAUUUAUUAUUUAUAUGUUUUGUUGUAAUUCAUUGAUUUAUUUUUAGUCUGAUUAUAUUAUUAUCCGAAGUGUACUGCACUGAAUAACUUUUUGUUGAGAUUCAUUGUACUCUUAAAUUCAGUGAACAUAAGGUUACUUUUUUAAAGUUUUUUUUUUUAUGAAGUUCUUAUUUUAUUUUUUGUAAUUGUUCUCCUUGUAGUACUUACUGCUCUAAAAUUAUGGAAUCUUUUCAUCAUAUAUUCCAUUAUAUUCCUAUUAAAGAAUUAACAUUUUUAUUAGUUUAUACUUUUUAUCGGAGUGUAUGGUAGCCAUUUGAUGUUAUACUUUUGUCUCAUACACUUUGUAUCUUAAGUAAAAGAAAACUAUUAAUAAGUUAAAUUACUUAAAAAGGUUUUCUUAUUUCAUAUUGUAUAUGUAAUUUAAUUUUUAAUGGAUUUGAUAUAAUUGAAAUACCUUAUGUUGAUUAUGAGAAAUAGCAUAAAAUAAUCCAUCAUUUUAUAUUAUAUUUGUUUAUGUAUAUGUAGGUUUGUUUCCUUUCAUAUGUGAUUUAAAUGAAUGGGUGUAAUUAAUUAAAAUAAUUUUUUUUAUAUACCUAAUAGUUUCAAAACUAAAUGUGUAAUAUUAAAAACAUAAAAUAAUAAUAAUAAUGAUAAAUACAUGCACUUUUAUAGAUUAUUAAAUGUUUUAUGUUGAAACAUUUUGAGCUAAACGAUGAUGUGGUUUAGGGAUUGUGUUUAGUUUUGAUGUUAGUACCGUAAGCAAGCACCUUGUGAUAAUUUACUAGUUAAUAAUAACAAUAUUCCUGUUAAUGUAUACAUUAGGAUUUUGCACUAACAGUUGAUGUGUAAUUUUUUUGAAAUUUUAAUUUUUUAAUAAUGCAGUUGUGGAGAAAGUAUUCAUGCAACCCAUGACAUUAAUAUAGUGAAUAACAAAACUUUGUCAUAAACAUUUUAUAUGUUUAGUUUUUUAAUUGCUUCUUUGCCUCCUACGUGCUAGUAUAGAUUGUGGAAAUUGUGAAUAAAAUAAUUACAGAAAGCAGUGUUUUCUUAUUUAUUAGAUUAAUCCUGAUCAUUUUCUAGAGAUUUUUCAGGAAUUUCAAUACAUU